GUGAACUGAAACUCCAUCUCCUCACAGAUCGCAAUUCGAUACACAGAGCGGCCGCCGCCGUCACCCACCGGACGGUUAGUUCAACAAUGCCGCGACCACCGCCGCCGCCGACCUCCGUUUAAAAGUCAAGGGUCAAAGAAAUCAACCCGUCAACCAAACCCUUCUUCCUUCCUCGUUUCCUCCCACCUUCCUAAUUCCUUUCUCAUUCCGCAAACUCCCCGAAAAAUAUUAAGAAAAGAAGACUCCACAAUUUUUAUUUUUUGUUUUGCUUCCAAUUCCCAAUUUUGGUGCGUCACUUCCCGCGAUCCUCUGGACAAAGGAGAGAGAGAGAAUACGAUGUGUGGGAUAUUUGCGUAUCUGAAUUUCAAUCUCCAGAAGGAGAGGAGUUACAUACUCCAAGUACUGUUCAAUGGGCUCCGGCGGCUUGAGUACAGAGGCUACGACUCCGCCGGCAUCUCCAUCGACAAUUCGUCCUCCCCUCGCCCCCUCGUCUUCCGCCAGGAGGGCAACAUCGAGUCCCUCGUCAAAUCCGUCUACCAAGAGGUUUCGAGCAUAGACCUAAAUUUGGAAGAAUCAUUUGCUGUCCAUGCUGGAAUAGCUCACACACGGUGGGCGACCCAUGGAGUGCCUGCUCCAAGGAAUAGUCAUCCCCAGGCAUCUGAUUCUGGAAAUGAGUUUUUGGUUGUCCACAAUGGUGUGAUAACAAAUUAUGAGGUGUUAAAAGAAACAUUAGUUCGCCAUGGAUAUACUUUCGAAUCCGAGACUGACACUGAAGUUAUUCCAAAGCUUGCCAAGUUUGUUUUUGACAAAGCAAAUGAAGAAGAAGGUACGCAGGCGGUUACAUUCAGUCAGGUCGUUCUUGAAGUUAUGAGACAUCUCGAAGGAGCUUAUGCCCUCAUUUUUAAGAGCAAACACUAUCCAAAUGAGUUGAUUGCAUGCAAACGUGGAAGUCCAUUGUUGCUGGGUGUUAAAGAGUUAGCUGAAGACAACAACAGUGGACCAGCCUUUCAGGAUGCCAAGUUCCUCUCAAAGGAUGGGCGUCCCAAAGAAUUUUUCUUGUCCAGUGAUCCCAAUGCUAUUGUUGAGCACACCAAAAAGGUCUUGGUGAUUGAGGAUGGUGAAGUAGUCCACUUAAAGGAUGGUAAUGUCUCGAUCCUGAAGUUUCCUAAUGAUAAGGGGAGACAUGGUGGCACCAUCGCCAGACCAGCCUCUGUACAACGAGCAUUAUCUGUUCUCGAGAUGGAAGUGGAACAGAUAAAUAAAGGACGGUAUGAACAUUACAUGCAGAAAGAAAUUCAUGAACAGCCUGAAUCUCUGACAACCACCAUGAGGGGAAGGCUCAUACAAGGAGGUUCCUGUAAGGCAACGACUGUUCUUCUGGGUGGACUUAAGGAUCAUAUGAAAACAAUUCGAAGAAGCCGUCGCAUUGUUUUUGUUGGCUGUGGUACAAGUUACAAUGCUGCUCUAGCUGCUAGACCAAUCCUGGAGGAACUCUCUGGUGUUCCUGUUACCAUGGAAAUUGCUAGUGAUCUGCUAGAUCGACAAGGACCAAUAUACAGAGAGGACACUGCAGUGUUUGUGAGUCAGUCUGGUGAAACUGCAGAUACAUUGCUGGCACUGGAGUAUGCUCUUGAAAAUGGUGCAUUGUGUGUCGGCAUAACAAAUACAGUUGGCAGUGCGAUUGCAAGGAAAACUCAUUGUGGUGUUCACAUUAAUGCUGGUGCAGAAAUUGGUGUAGCAAGUACUAAGGCUUAUACAAGCCAAAUAGUUGUGAUGGCUAUGCUGGCCCUAGCUGUUGGAGGUGACACAAUUUCGAAUCAAGCGAGAAGAGAGGCUAUAGUUGAUGGUUUAUAUGACUUGCCCAGCAAAGUGAGAGAGGUGCUAAAGCUGGACAAUGAGAUGAAGGAUCUUGCAAAACAAUUAAUAGCAGAGCAAUCGCUGUUAGUAUUCGGAAGAGGAUACAAUUAUGCGACAGCACUGGAAGGGGCAUUGAAAGUAAAAGAAGUUUCACUUAUGCACAGUGAAGGGAUGCUGGCUGGUGAAAUGAAACAUGGUCCCCUGGCUUUAGUCGAUGAAAAUCUUCCAAUCAUAGUAAUUGCUACUCAUGAUGCCUGCUUCAGCAAGCAGCAGUCAGUUAUUCAACAACUUCAUGCCCGUAGAGGGCGCCUGAUAGUUGUGUGUUCUAAAGGGGAUGCUGCAUCAGUAUGUUCUGGAGGAUCUUGUAGAGUGAUUGAAGUCCCCCAAGUUGAGGACUGUCUUCAACCUGUGGUCAAUAUUGUACCACUGCAGUUGUUGGCGUAUCAUCUCACCGUGUUGAGGGGUCACAAUGUUGACCAGCCUCGCAAUCUAGCAAAGAGUGUGACGACGCAGUAAAGAGAAAGAUGACGGUGGAAGAGACAAUGAAGUUAUCUGCGGUUUUGCUGCAUGUCACAUAUGCUUCCGGAGGGGGAAGGUAGUGUUUUAAUUCUUCGAUCUUCCCCCGGUGAAGAGUGAUGGAUAUUUUUGGAUUGCUGGUCAGGGUCUGGUGUUUUGUCUUGGUAGAAGAAACGGCUAAACAGGGGGUGUGAUUAUCGAAGAGAAGUAAAUUAACUAAUAGACU